CUUGACCGCCUUUAGAGGAGACAGGUAUCAUGGCGGAAAGCUAGCGAGCAGCAGACAGCAAUAUAGGCCGAUAUUGAACAAUUGUAGUUUGCUUUCUUACCUUUGUGUAGUGGAAUACGAUUGUAACAGAAUCAAAGAAGAGGAACAAUACAGUACAUUGUCUGUGCAUUCAAUAGACUAAGAAUGACAACACCAGACAAAUUGAAAACUUUGUUCGAAGAUCUUGGCAAGCCAACUUUGCGAGGUGUUAGAAAAUGUCCUAAAUGUGGGACUUACAAUGGAACCAGAGGCAUCAGCUGUAAGAACAAAACGUGUGAUGUUGUCUUCAAGGAAAAAGAGAAAAAGAGAGGCCAUAGUGCUGAUGCCGUGAAGAUUAUCACUGGGUCCACUGUUCAAGUUUUCUCAGUUAGACUGCGAGAUCGUGGUCCAGAUUACAGAGGCUUUGUUCAAUUACCUUUGGUUCAAGACCUUGAUGGAAAUCCAGCCCAAGUGGUUGAUCCGACAAUUUUGUCUCAGAAUGCAAGAUGCUUUGUUGAAAGUUGCUCCCACAGCAGUCCAUUGAGCACUCAAGAGGAUGCAUGUCCCCAUAUAAAGGCUGCCAUUGACUGCAACCAGGAGGCUCAUCCCCUGACACUCAAAAAUUCUGUAUUGAACUCUCUACAAGUGUCAAAUGAUACCAAACAAGCCAUCUGGCUUCUGGCCACAGAGACAACUGGCCCUCUUGUACAGAGAGUGACCAAGAAUAUUAUGGUUGUGAAAUGUAAAGCAAGUACAAAACAGCCCCUUGGAUUCUUACACUUUUCAUUAUUUGAAACUUCAAGAAAUCGUUCCCAGCCAGAACACAAAUUCCAAUGUAGCUGCAAAGCUUUUAGAAAUGCCAAAGCUGGUGGAAAAGAUGAUAUACUACGACGAUGUGUCCAUCUGUAUGCUUGUGUGUGUGCAUUUGCUAGUGAUGAGAAGCUUGCUGAAGAAUUUGAGUAUUACAUCAACAUGGACUCCACAGGAGUUGAUACUUUUACAGAGUCUGCCCCGUCCCCUGAACGUCAGAUUGUGACCAUCUAUCAGGCUCAGGACACUGGACUGGACACAGGAGACCCGACCACGCUAGAGGUGGUAGUGGCAGAGGAGGAUCUCCUGGCCCCAGUGAUGAAGAAACAGAAGAAAGAUGAUACAUUAGUCCAAGCAAGUAAUGCCCUGUUGACAUUACAAGAGGGAAACACGCCUGCACCUCCUAGUCCAAAGAAAGCUAGUCCUUCCAAAGCUGUCCAGCUGCAGAACAAACCAGCCACUCCCAAUGCCAAAAAGCCAGGUACAGCAACACUGUCUGCUAUUGAAGAGUCUGAGGUGAUGGUGUCAUUUUACCAGUGGCUGGGAAGUGUGACAGAGAGAGUAAACCAGACAAUGCAUUAUCAGUUUGAUGGGAACCCAGAUCCCUUGGUGUUCCAUGCUCCGCAAGUCUUCUUUGACUGUCUUCAGCAAAGAAUUUCAGUAGGAAACAGAAAGAAACGACUUCCAAAUUUCACAACAGGAUUUGUACGCAAGGAUGCUCUCCCGCUGGGAACCUUCACAAAAUACACGUGGCAUAUCACUAACAUUGUACACGUCAAACAGAUCUUUGACACACAAACGAUGCCCUUGGACAUCACCAGGAACUUUGUGGAAAACCGAGAUGGAACCUAUGACUUAUAUGAAGUUCCCAAGGUAGAAGUGGAAAACAUAGACGAGGCUUUUAAAGGGAAGAGUCCUAUGCCCAUAAGGCCAUUUGAGCUGAAGACCUACCUCAAAGUUGGAAGUUCCACAUCAGACCAAAAGGAGCCAACACCGUUCAUCAUAGAAUGGAUACCUGACAUCCUUCCAAAGACUAGGAUAGGGGAACUGAGGAUCAAAUUUGAGUAUGGACAUCAGAGAAAUGGACAAAUUGAACACAGAAUGGUGGCGGCUCCAUCAGAAAUUCCCGUUCAGACCAUCCAUGUACAAGAGUUAUGAUGAUAAUUGUAUGGAUGAGCAACAUCUGUUCCUUCAGGCUAGGCUGGCCUGAGGGUUUGUUUCUGUGUUUGUACUAAUCAGGUUUGCCUGUGUAUGCAUGUGUAAGCUAUCUCACCUACUGUCAAGUUGUUCUUUGUGAGAAGUCAGAUAUACAGAAAGAUUAAUAUGACUGUAUUUAUGUCAUCCAUGUUAUGUCCAACGAAAAGUGAAAAGAUACAGAGCAUUGUUCCUGGUUCCGAGUGUCAUUGUGAAGUUGAGUAUUUCUUUAAUUUAGAAAAAAAAAUACAGCAAUAUGUAAAAGUGAAGAUUUGCAUGUGUUAAACUUUUUGAUAACUGGUGAUAGCACAAACAAAACUGCUAUAGCUUAAUCGUCACCAAAGAGAAACCAUUUGAACAGUACCUGUAUUGAAAGAAAAGAUACUGGUAAAUGUUCAUAAUCUGUUUUUAUAGCACAUGGAUUUGUAUCCCUAGAUCUUAUAGGGUGGAAUUGUUCUAGGAUUUUUUUUUAACAUAAUCUGGUUGUGAGACAUUUUGAUCAGAAACAUGAAUUUAUAAUUAGGCAUUCAUUUUUACUUAACAUAUAAUGAUGUCAAUUUUGAUACCUUGUAACAAGUGUUUUAUCUGACAAUUUAAAUAUUAUUUUACAAGCUGCAUUAUUAUCGGAGUUGUCUACAUGUUACAAAGUACUCUGUAAAUCAGAUUUCUGUCAGUUUCAUAAAAUUGUAUUGUACGUACAGGCCCAAAGUCUUUGUUAUUACAGUACAAUGAAAUAAUUUCUAGUUCUGUUUAUAAAGAGAUAAAUCGCCUCCUUUAUAUACUGUGAAGUCUAACCAUUACAAACCAAUGUGAUUAAGUCCUUUAAUUGUUUUCAAAGGAGAAACAAAAACUUGCAUAAUUCCAAAUGAUUUUCCACACAGGGAGGAAGCUGGCAUUCUGCUGUGUACAGAUUUCUUAAAUUUUGUUGAGACGAGUUACAUUCAUUGUAAAUGAUGGAAAAGCUUCAUUUUUCAAAAUGGCAUGAAUUUUGAGACCUUUUGUUUCAAUUUUGCUGGAGCUGGAGUCAGAAUACACUUCAUAUGUGCCCAACUCUCCACAAUAGUUCUUUUCCUGUCCUAGGUACAUAUUUACUGGUAAGCUGUCAUUGCAGAGCCUAUCACCCAUACAUAAUGAUAAAAGUGACUCCCUGCUCCCCUCAUAUAAUUACAUCUAGGAUAGUGUUACUUCAUGUAUUGAAAGUAGUAAAUGCUGAUACUGUGUAAUUGAACUAUUCCUGUAAAAGUUUCAUAGAUUUUGCAAUAACUAACGGUUUAAAUUAUUCUAAAGCUUAUAUCUUCACAAUUUUAAAGAAAAAAAUAAUGAUUUUGUGUUUGAAUAAUAAGAUUCAUAACAUCCAACUUGUACUUUCACUUUUUGAAUGACAUAAUUGGUAUUGAAAUAAGCUUGCUAUAUAAGAAUGAUCUGGACUUGAAAUUAAAUACAGUUGUCAUUGUUGUGAAUGUUUUGCUUCCAGUACAUGUACUUCAUGCCUGUAAUUGCAGUAUUAUUUAUUGUUGUCCCAAGUCUUGAUAAAAUACUGUCUGAACUGUUAAACAGUGGUAAGAAUUCCUUGCUUUACUUUCUGUAUCAUGGUGAAAGCUGAAGAUAGUUGUAAACAGCAUUUACACACAUAGGUUUGUUAGAACCUGACUAAAUAAAUCAUUGGGGUCACUGGGGUCUGACACUGAACUUACUGUUUAAUAUCAUAUAAACCAAAAUAUUUCCAGUGAACAAAUAACAUGUCUAUUUCUGUAAUUACUAUAUUAAUUCACCAACAAUAUAUCUUUUUAAUGACAGUUCAUAAGUAAAUGAGAUGCUAGAAAAACAGUUGAUUUCUGUUUUACAUCAGCAAUAUUGGUUUUGUAGAUGAAAUGCAGAUUUUUACUCUUUCUGAUGAUAUUAAAGGUGAUAUCAUCAAGUGCUUGACACUUACACCUAACACCAUUGACAGUACAGUAAUGAAUUAAUUUAUUUGUCGGUAAAGCAAGAAAUUUCAUACUCUGCAGUUAUCCUGAGUUAGACACAUUUAUAUGUCAGUUCAUUUAUCCACAUAGACACAUGAUGCAUGUAGAUCAGAAAGUUUGAUGUGUAAAUAAGUGAGUAGUUAUUUAUUGUACCAAAUGGACAUCAUUGUCAAUACUCUCUAAUCAAGACAACAUGUAUAAGAUUAAUGCAGGCACAAUUCAAUGUGCUAUGUUAAAGUUUGGAUUUCUUUAAGCUGUUAUUAAAAUUUGUUAA